AAGCUGAAGCUUCAUUUAAAUCCUUCUAUGAUCUAUCCUAUUUCUCUUACCAUUUUCGCUUCGUCGUCCUCGCAGCACCAAUAUAUCUCUUGUUAACUAUUCCAAUCCAACCUUGUUAAUUUCUCCACUUCAACUUUGAGUUAACCUUAUCAAAUAUUUAUCAAAUUACGAAGUUGUAGAAGUGAAUUAGAUCAAAUGGAGAGAGAUUUCAUGGGCUUGACUGUAAAACAAGAAAUCCUUGAACAACCACCUGCAGUGGUCACAAGUUCAGCAACUCAGUGGUCAUUCUCUAGCAAGACUUACCCUCAAAACCACCAUUCUUUCAAGAGUCAAGAGAAUAAUAAUAAUAAUAAUAAGCCUAAGAUUGGUUUCGAAUCGCUUGCAUCAGCUGGAUUGGUGACGAUAACAACAACUACUGAAGUUGUUGACACAAUUCAUCGACCAUAUGGAACUCAAAUUGGUGCACAAUACUCCUCAAGCCGAACACAUCAUCAAGCCAAUUUGAUUCCUACUGUAAAUCUAAGUCCUGCCCAAAAAACAAGCCCAAUUAGUGGUGUUGUGGGCACUACUGAACUGAGGGGUGCACCUAGAAUUUCACCGGGACCUGCUCAAUUGACCAUCUUUUAUGCUGGUUCAGUCAGCGUAUAUGACAAUAUUUCUCCAGAAAAGGCUCAAGCUAUAAUGUUACUUGCUGGAAAUGCACCUGCUGCUCCUGUCCAGACAAUUCCCAAUGUUGACAAGUUCCAUGGAACAUCGCCUAGUAAUUUUUCCAGCCUAAUUCCUAUAAGUUCACGCGGUACAUCUCAGUCUGUUGGAGCGUUCAAUCAUAAUAAUACGAAUGAAUCAUCAAUUAUCAGAUCAAUUGGAGUCCUGAAUUCAUCUUCUAGCACAACAUCUCUAUCCAAAAUCGUCACUUCUCAAGAUUCUCAUCGACCUCCAAGCCAUAAUUUAUCAGCUAUUCCUCAGGCUCGUAGGGCAUCCUUGGCUAGGUUCUUGGAGAAGCGCAAGGACAGGGUAGUGAGUGCAUCACCAUAUGGAAAAAGCAAGCAAAUUUCACAACAUAUGACACCAAAUGGAUCUAGCAACUGGAACUUUUCAAUAAACUCCUCAGGCUCCACUCUUCUUCCUGCUGCAAAUUAGUGUCCAAGAGACGUGAAAUUUGAAUACCAUGAAAAACAAUUAAUGUAGGCUCGAUGGAUUUAAACAUUGCAUUAGAAGAAUAUUAUAGUAGUAAUCACAUUGUAUUGUACUAUUCUUUUUGACCUCUCCAUAUAUGAUAUAUACUUCAUUAGGUA